GGCUCCGUGGACACAGGCACCUGUGACCCGGUGGGCUUGGUGGCCUCUCAGCUGCAGGGCUGGGCCUCCCUUGCUCGGGGCUGUUUGAAGGUGGUGGUUGGGAGGUCCCUGGGUGGUGGGCACCUGGGAGGGGCGGCUGCGUGCUUGCUGGGUUUAGAACUCAUUCAGAAGGCUGAGAACUGUUGGGCACUUCUCGGGAAUCCUUGAUUCUACCUUGCAAGCUUUGUGCAGUGAUUUGUCAACUGCGCUUUGCAGACAGCCCAGCCCGGCCAGCAAUAGAGACCUGCAGCCUUCCAGUGAGUGCUGCUCACAAGCAACCAGAGGCCUUCGGGGCGGUCUCCCUGUCACUGGCCGUCAGUGUUGUUGGAGACCUGGAGACCUCCUCCAGCGCCAAUAGGCAGAGGCGAGCAGGGCGUCAUGGGCCACAUAUGGGGUUGCAAACCCUCGGUGCCGGCUGAGUGCCCUGCCCUGGUCACCGGUGUUAAGCCGAGUUGGGAGCAUCACGACCUGGGUGGAAAGUUGACCCAGGAAGAUGUCUCAGAGGAUCUUCAGACCUGUCCUCAGAGCUCCUGCGACAGGGAGUCCGUGCUGACCAUCCUGAGGGUCCUGGCAGAUCUGCUCUCUGUCGGCACAGACCGCAGGAUCCACUACCUGAUCAGCAAGGGUGGCAGUGAAGCCCUUCUGCGGACCCUGGUGGACACGGCGAGGACCGACCCCCCCGACUACGAAGUCCUCCUGCCUCUCUUCCGGCUGCUGGCCAGAGUCGGCCUGAGAGACAAAACAAUUGGGCAGAAGGCACUGGAACUGGAAGCACUUGACGUGACGCUGAUUCUGGCCAGGAAAAGCCUGUCCCACAGCCAGCGCCUCCUGCACUGUCUCUGGGCACUGCGCGUGUUUGCCGCCCGUGUGACCACGGGGGCCAUGCUGGGCAUCAACGGAGCCAUGGAGCUGCUUCUCAAGGUCAUCCCUCCUUACACCCACAGGCACUCGCGGACCAUCAGGGCAGCCACGGAAGUCCUGGCCAUGCUGCUGAGAUCCAAGUCCAACAGCCGCCGGGCGGUGAACCAGGGCUACGUCACCAGCCUGCUCAGGCUGCACCAGGACUGGCACAGCCACGACGCGGCCGCCGCCUGCGUGCCGAUCCGCCGGGGCCUGCUGCUCUGCCUCAGGAAUGUCACCACCAUCCGCUCCGGCAGGGAGGCCUUCCUGGCGGCGGGGGGCAUGGAGCUCCUCUUCAGCCACGCACAGAGCCACCUGGAGGACAGCAGCGUGGAGCCCGUGGUCUCGGCCAUGCUUCAGAUCCUGCGACAGUGCUGCCCGAGGAGCGCCCUGCCCCUGGCCACAGCCAGCUGCGCCUAUGCCGCCCCGGUCCCUGGGAGCGUCACCCCCUCCCCUCCCCCGGCUCUGACGGACGAGGAGUUUGAAGAUGACAGUGAUGAAGAGCUUGACAAGGACUCGGAUCCUGAAGACAUGAAAGAGGACGAUGACCUGGAAACAGAUGUGGACAAGCUGACCGCCAAACCUGGCCUAGACCGGCCAGAAGAGGAGCUGCUGCAAUAUGAGGCGAUGUGUCCUGAGCUUUCCUGUGGCUUUGAGGAACUGGAGUCCCAGUCUGGAGGUGACCUGAACUCUGGGUGUGCCAAUCACCAGCACAUUCCGGCUGCCGCCUCCCCAAAGCCGCUUCGCGUGGGUCAGGACCAAGGCUCCCAGGAGCGAGCAAGGGAAGACACCAUCCAGGCUUCGCUUCUGAGGAUGGUGAAGACGGCGGGGGCCAGGAGCAGACCUGCCACGACCCUGCACCCAGCUGGACGAGCCAACGGCCUUGGGACGGCCUCUCCUGGAAAUGAAAGCCCCGGCAUUCAGGCUCCCCUCGAAGAGGAUGCGCGGGGCCUGGGAGCGGUCUCCUGCCCAAGGCUGAGCGCUUUCCUCUGCACUGCCGCUAGAUGCGGAGACACGGCUGCCGAGCUGGAGGAGCUCCUGAAGUCACGCCCCACCCACGUGGCUUUCCACGAUCCCCAUCUUUUCAUGGCCAAAGCCAAAAGGACCAGAUCCGUGGUGGACUUCGAGAUGCUGGCCUUUCCCGAUCUCUGGGGACACCGUCCACCUCCCUCUGCCCAGUCCAUGUUGGAGCGCAAAUGCGGCAUCCAAAGGAUCAAGAUCCUGGAGGAUAUCCGGAGGCUGAUCCAGCCUAGUGAUGUCCUAAAUAAGGUGGUCUUCAGUUUGGAUGAGCCUGGGCUUUUACAGGACACUGAUUCCAACAGCUUAAGGUUCUUCUCCAAGUUUGAGUCAGGAAAUCUUCGCAAAGCCAUCCAAGUGCGGGAGUGUGAGUACGACCUGCUGAUCAACGCCGACCUGAGCAGCUCCCAGCACCAGCAGUGGUUCUACUUCCAGGUGAGCGGGAUGAGGGCUGCCACCCGGUACCGCUUCAGCAUCGUCAACUGUGAGAAGCCCAACAGCCAGUUCAAUUACGGGAUGCAGCCGACCCUGUACUCCAUGAAGGAGGCCCUCCUCGGCAGACCCAGCUGGGUGCGGGCGGGCUCGGAGGUCUGCUACUACAGGAACCACUACGUGCGGCAUGUGGCUGGUGCCGGCGGCGCGCGCGGCAGGUGCUACUACACGCUCACCUUCUCCAUCACCUUCCCGCACGGCGAGGACGUCUGCUACGUGGCCUACCACUAUCCCUACACCUACACAGCCCUCAUGACUCACCUUGACCUGCUGGAAAGAAGCGUCGACCGGAGGCAGGUCUACUUCCGGCGGGAGGUCCUCUGCCACACGCUGGGCGGGAACCCGUGUCCCCUGGUGACCAUCACCGCCAUGCCCGCGUCCAACAGCCCUGACCACCUGGAGCAGUUCCGACAUCGUCCCUACCAGGUGAUCACUGCCCGGGUCCACCCAGGGGAGAGCAACGCCAGCUGGGUGAUGAAGGGGGCCCUGGAGUUCCUGGUCAGCGGGGCCCCCGCGGCGAGGCUGCUGAGGGAGGCCUUCAUCUUCAAGAUCAUCCCCAUGCUCAACCCAGACGGCGUUGUCAGCGGCAAUCACAGGUGCUCGCUGAGCGGGGAAGACCUGAACAGGCAGUGGCUGUCUCCCACGGCUCAGCGGCAGCCCACCGUGUACCACGCCAAAGGCCUCCUCCUCUACCUGAGCAGCAUCGGCCGGCGUCCCGUGGUCUUCUGUGAUUUCCACGGCCACUCCCAGAAGAAGAACGUGUUCCUUUACGGGUGUAGCAUCAAGGAGACCCUGUGGCAGGCAGCGUGCACCGUGGGCACAGCUCAUCUCUCGGAGGACGUCAGCUACAGAAUUCUCCCCAAAGUCCUCGCUAAGCUGGCGCCGGCAUUCACCAUGAGCAGCUGUAGCUUCCUCGUGGAGAAGUCCCGGGCCUCCACGGCCCGCGUGGUGGUGUGGAGGGAGAUGGGCGUGUCUCGGAGCUACACCAUGGAGAGCAGCUACUGUGGCUGCAACCAGGGCCCCUACCAGGGUCUGCAGUUUGGAACGAGCGAGCUGGAGGAGAUGGGCGCCAUGUUCUGCCUGGGCCUCCUCAUCCUGGAGUUCAAGUCCACAAGCUGCCACCACCAGCUCCUGGCCAGAGCCGCAGCGGUGCUGAACACUGAGGACGGGGCGCUGGACUUCCACCUGCAGCGGUGCAGCACGGGCAGCAGCACCGCAGAGCUGGAGGACGAGCCCCCCUGUGCGGAGGAGGUCGAGUACAGCGUGGGCAGCGGCGCAGACCCGGACGCCAGCUUCGCUGAGCUCGACCGGCAGAUCCAGGCCUGUGCCUUCGACGCGGACGAGGGAGCCCAAGCGGAGCAGGAGGAUGCAGAGUGGAGAAGAAAAGGCAUCCCGUAGCCUGCGCGCACGGAGCUGUGCGGCACCGCUCCCCGCCGUCCACGCGCGCACCGUCCACGUCGGCAGAGCCUUGCCGAGCGCUCAGCACCCCCUCCCGCUCCUUCCGGUUUCUCUGCCCACAGCCUGGCUGCUCCGUCCCUGUGGCAUCGCGCUUUGUGCUUAGGUUGGAGCUUGCUGGGGACCCCAGGGUUGCCGGCUCCUCUCACGCGUUCUGAGGUCCCCACCCCCUGCCCUUGCCCUUGAGACAGGAAACGGAGUUGGGGUCCCUCCCCGGCCCCUCGGCCAGAAUUCUGGAUUGCUCUGCUGUUGACAGUUCUAGACUGUCGUCCGCCGUCCUCUGGCCCCGUGGCACCUGGGCUCCCAGCACCAGCUGUGAGCUCCCUGAGGCCCCGAGGGGCCCAGCCCGUCUGCAGGUGCCGGACGUUGGCCGUGAAGGGCUGUGCCGCUGCGCCACCACAGGCAUCCCCCUCGGCUCCGUGGCCGCGAGAGGCCCCAGAUCCGCUCCAGGCCUGUGUGUGUGUGGUGAAGUCUCCCCCAGACUCCAGUGUUGGUAGACACAUGACCGUGGCGAGCUUAUCUCCUGGAAAGACGUGCUGUGCCGGCAGGCUGACCUGUGUGGCUGGCCACGUGGUAGACCACGGCAGCCGUGUGUUUCCCUCCACACAGGCAUGGUCAGCACUGUGACGGCACACACUGGGCAGCUUCCCCCUCCCUGGGGAGGAGGUGACGCAGGAGCACAGCCCAGGAGCUCCGGAAGGCUGACACCAGCGAGGACGGGGACUGGCCUUUUCCGAGGGGCACAGGCCGAGCGGAUGGGAUGAGGGGCACCGUGGGAGGCAGGCGCAGACUGGGACAUAGGAGAAGAGGCCAUGAGUGUUUAGUUAGGAUGAGCUUUGGCUCUGAGAAGUGGAAAAUUCCAAACGACAGUAGCUUUCAUACGGUGCAAGUCUAACCGUUGCGUGGGGACAUUAGGUGUGGGCGAGCCAGGCUGGUACUGUGGCCACAAUGUGAGACCGGCUCCCCCGCUCUGACGCCCUACAGUUUUGUUUUUCCUCUUGGUCAAGUGUGGUUGCUAGAGCGUCAGCCUUUGUGACUGCAUCCCAGACAUGGGUAAGAAGAAAAAGGAGAGCCCGUCCCCCUCCUCAGAAAGAAUUUGAUCCCACCGGCCAGAGACCCGCCCCGGGCACGGGCAGCUGCAGGCAGGGCCGUCACGGAGGCGCCCGGCUGGAAGGAGAAGCUCGGAUUGCAGGCAGAGGUGAACCUGGGCGUCGCUGUCCACAGAGGUCACCACCGAGCAAGCGGGGGCUGGAGCAACCGGGAGGCCCUGCCACGGCUGGCCCAGCGCGGGUGCAGUGGAGUGGACGCCGAGCUGCGGGCUCUGUGCACUGCAGACCCGGCUCCCGUGGUCACACACACACACACACACAGGGGUGCAUACACACACACGGGGGUGCAUAGACACACGGGGGUGCAUACACACACACACGGGGGUGCACUGCACAGACCCAGCUCCUGUGGUCACACACACACACGCACACACACAGGGGUGCAUAGACACACGGGGGUGCACUGCACAGACCCAGCUCCCAUGGUCACACACACGCACACACACACGCACACACACACACGGGGGCGUGCACUGCACAGACUCACUUCCUGUGGCCACACACACACACACACACACGCACACACACACACACACACAUGCACACACAUGCACACAUAGAGGUACACAUUCAGCACUCACACACACACAGGUCCGUGUUCAGCACUCACACACAUGCUCACUCACUCAAACCCACACACAUCUACGUACACACACGUGUGCACACACAUACGCACUCACACACAGCCCCACACCUGGCCACAGGGCUCUCUGCUCUCUGUGACUCUGAGACCCAGACACCUUCCUCCUCUGGCUCUGAUUAGGAUCACCAUGUUGGCUCCGUGCAGAAGAGGAGAGUGGAGAGCGAUUCGCAGAUAACAGUGGAUGGUAUGACCGCCUGCGGCGCGCAGCAACACAGCUAUGAAUCGUCUGUGACGUAGCAUCUUCCACCGCGCCCAUCCCAGCCCAGCGCCAGGAGGCUGGAACUGCGCUGGAGGUGCCGGCCACACCCGGGCUUGUGCACGUGUGCACACACACACACACUCACACUCACACUCUGAAAGCCUGUCUGGGGCUUGUCGCAGAACAAGGGUGAUAGAGGGCCCAUGACCAGGCCCUGCUUGCGCAGGCAGUCGGUGCUGGGAUGACGUGAGACAAUUAUGCUGCGUGGAGCCGCGUGGAGGCCGCGGGUGGAAGAAGCAGCCCCCGUCUCACCAGCACGCGAUGCACACCGGCCCCCAGGCCCAUGCCUACCCCAGGCCUCUGCGUCACUCAGGAGUAAGGCUCUGCCCUCCGCGGAAGAGAACACAAAAAUGUGGGGGCCUCAGCCCUCCCAGCGGGUGCUGUGACAGGCAGACACAAAGGACAGCCUUGCACAGCUCUCCAGGGUCUCCACGAGUGUCCGUGUUCUCUAGGGCCUGCAGUAGUCAGACAGGGUUAGGGCUCCCCUGACAAAAGGAUCAGAAUGGGCAGGAAUGCAGCGAGGUGUCCGCACUGGCUGGGUCUCUGGCGGGGAAGGACGUGGACUUGACACUGAAGUCAGCUCUGUGCUGGCUGCAGCACCGACGGCUGAGGCCCGGGCCUGGCAGACCUGCCGUCCAGCUCAGAAUGUCCUUGGACAGAUGGGUCAUCCAGGCCCGGCACGCCUUGGUCUGAGCAGGAGGUUAGCUUAGGUGACGUCGGGCAUGGAGAAUCGGCCUGCGAUCCUGCUGCCGUGAGCUACGCAGGGCCCCUGUUCACCUCUGCCCGUCGCUGCCCGCGACAACAUGGAGCUCAGCCCUUCUUACAGGAGUGCUCACAGGAAACGAAGGAGCCGGGUGUGUUCCCGGGGCAGUCGUGUGUCCCAGCCGGGGCUGCAUCCCGUUCCCCAGGGCGGGGACACGAGCAGUGCCUGACAGUGGGCCGUGGCUGCUGGUGGCCUGUGACCCUGCAAGGCCAGUGCGUGUGCGCGCACUCCAGCCUGGGCUUUGCUCAUUUCACUUUGUGGGUGGGGAUGCCGGGGCAGGGAGUAGGUGAGGGCUGGUCUGGGGCAGGACCCAGGCUGCAGCACGGGCAGCCUGACCCCCAAACUCCUCGAGGAACGUGUCUGUCUUCACAGUGGACACCCAGCCCCCAGGCCGUGCGUUGUGCUGGCUCCGCUGCCGGUCGCUCCUGCCGCACCUUUCUGCGGAGACUCCCGCUCGCCCAAGGCCACGGGUUCGAAGCCAGGCUGCACUGCGUCUGUCCUGCCAACCCCUCUGCCCCACCUUCCUGAGCCUGACCGUCCGUGUCCAGGGACCUCUGCACCUCCCUGUCUCUCUGUGUGCCUGAUGCACGGCUGGCCGCCCGAGGCUGGCUCCUGGAUCCGCACAGCGGGCACGGAGCCCCGUGUGGUCCUGCGUGAGCCACGGCCUUGCUCUGCUCACUGCACUGCCUUUCUUCCUGGCUAUGGCUCCCCUGGGUGGCAGCCAGGAGUCCCUCAGGGCUGAGCCCCCCGUUAGCUCCUGCAGAUUCCAAUGUGUGCCCUGAAAUAUUAACUGGAAAACUCUAGACACAAUUCAUAAGUCUUAGAUAACUUCUUAGAGUAUGUUCUAGAAUUCUUCUAUUGUACUAUCCUUGUCCAUCUCUCACUGUGUUAUUUGUCAAUGAACUUGAUCACAGACAUGAAUAAACGGGGACACACGGCAUCCCCAAGCUCAGGCGCCACCUGAGGGCCCUGCAGGAUUCCCACGGACAGCCA